AUGAGUAAUCCUUAGAUAAAUUAAGUAAACCAGUAAUCAAUAAACGAUCCUAAUUUAGAUGUCAAAGAAAUCUAAAAAGCCUUAGGAGAUGAAGUAAAUGAGAGAAAACCUAACUAAUAGUAAAUUAACGAUUAAAUACCUGUUUUAGAGAAGGUAGAAACUUAAAAAGAUGAUUCUAACGAUAUAGAAGUUGACAUUUAAGCAAAGUACUAGAAAUUAGAAGAUCAAUAUGGAAAUUUAUAGAGUCUUUUUGUUUAAUUUUAGAAUGAAACUAGCAAACUCUUGCAAGAUUAGAGCGAUAAUAUUAACAAAUAGCAGCUAUAAUCGAUUAUUUAAAAAAUAAAUGAAAGUCAAAAGUAACUAAAUAAUUAGAAUUAGGUAUCAAGAUAAGAUAAAGAUUACUUCUAUGGAUAAUCUAAAAAUACGAACAGUUAUGAUGUCCUCAUUUCUAUUAACUCAAUGUAUGACUUAAGUAACAAGUAAUGCAAAAUUGAAUACUUUGAGAAGCCAAAUAAGACUAAAGAAAUAAUAGAUUCCCAAUAAAAAUGCUCUAUAAUAGGAUUCUAAGGUGUUAAAAACAGGGGUAAAACAUUCUUACUUAACUAACUAAGUGAUGAAAAAUUCCCUUCUGCCUUCUACGAGAGCACUUUAGGAAUAAGCGCAAAAGUGGAUAUUAAAGACAGCUCUACUAAAAUCUAUUUAGACUCUGAAGGUGUUUAGAAACCUGCUAAGUUCAACUGGAAUGAUGCAUAUAAAAGCAAAAAUAAAAAUUCUAGAAAUGAAGAAGAUGAAGCUAAGUUCCUUAGCUAGAUGUAAGAACAGGUAAUUUAAAGUUUCUUCGAUAUUAAAGCUACUGAAUAAUUGCAAUAAGAGUUUCUGCUAUAAAGCUGUGAAAUAGUUAUUAUUGUAGUUGGUAUGCUUUCUAUUGAAGAUUAAAAACUUAUAUCAAGCAUAAUUGAUAGAAAACUAAGUUGCUAAAUUAUUGUUGUUCACAACUAUAAAGAGAUAAAGGAAAUUAAACAUGUAUAAGAUCACAUUGAGCAUUCAUUGAUGUACUAAUUCCCCCUUGCAAUCCACAGUCCUGAUCUUAAAUUAAAAACAAAUAAAGAACACAAUAAAAUUGCUUAUAUUGAUCGUAGAUAUAAAAAUGUUGUCCACAUUAUUUUUGCAAAUAACAAAAGCGAAGCAGGAGAUUAUUUUAAUUAGUUCUCUUUAGAAUAUAUUAGAUAGAAAAUUUAGUUGCAUUCUCGUAACAAAUCUUUUUGCAUAAGCGAAAGAUUUACUAAGUUUUUGAAUGACUAUUUACCAAAUUACAUUGAAUUUGUUGAUCAACCUAAAACAUUUGACAAAACAUUAGUUAAAAAAGAAGCUAAUAAUAAUGAAUUUAUAAUUUCAUUGUCAGAAAACUUAAAAAUUAAUAGGAUUAAGGAUAUUACUUUAGAUGUCUUUGGAAGGAUCAUCAAUGCAAUUAAUUAUACUGUUGUUGAGUUCGAUAAAAAUAAUUAAAAAUAUAAAAGAAUAGAUAUAGAGCUUCCAGGAAAUACAUAUUUUGAGAAUGAUAACUGCCUGGUGUAGACUGAUGAUAAAGGUAGAACUUAAUUAGUUAUAAAAGCACUUAAGAAGUUAGAUUAAACUGUUUAAGGAACUAUUAUUCUAGAAGACAAAAGAUUAUAUGGUGAGUUUAUUCUGAAAGUUAUAAUUGGAAAACCAGAAGAAAAACUCACAUAGGUAGGAAAGAUUAUCAAUAACAAUAAUGGUGUUCACUCUAUUUUAUUCUUAAACGAAUCUAGUGAAUAAGAUUGUUUAGGAGACGAUGAUGAUAAUAAUGUAUGA